AUGUGGAAAUACGUGUUAAUACUGAUUUUGUCCAAUUUAUUGGAGGCAUCAAGCUCCUUUUCGAAGAUCGAGUAUUUACUGCUAGACACAAGCAGAGAUACGGAGCCACCUAAGAUAACUGGUACGAAUGAAAUCAGGGUUAUUCGAGGAACGAAUGCUGUAAUAGAAUGCAAAAUAAUCGAAGGCUUACCAAAACCGAAAAUAACUUGGGAAUAUAAGGACAAGUAUGAACAAAACUUUAAACCUUUACCUGGGUUAGGAAAUGAGUUAAGUCUUUUGAGUGUGACCGAUCAAAAUGGAGGAAGUUACAAAUGUGUGGCAACGAACGUCGCAGGAGAAGAUGAACAUAUCACACACCUUGUUAUUGAUUGGGAAAAGUAUUCCAUAGAAGAUGAUGCUUUAGUUAUAAAGAAUCUGAAUGAAAGUGACUCCACAUCAUACACAUGUGAAGCUCAAAACUAUGUUGGUUCAGCAAAUGCGGCAUUUAUUGUGAGAGUUUAUACGGCUCCAAAAAUAUCGGGACUGGCUGAAGUUAAAGUCAUUAAAGGUUCUAAUGCGGUCAUAGAAUGCAACAUCAUUAAAGGCACACCAGUGCCUGAUAUAACUUGGUUAUAUUGGGAUAAAGUUGUAUAUAAGAAUUUGGAAAAAUCAUUCGGAUCUAAAAGGUUACUCCUACCAAAUGUGGAAGAAAAGAAUGCUGGAAGUUAUAAGUGUGUGGGAGCAAACGUUGCAGGCACAGACGAAUAUAUUACUACACUUAUAAUUGAAUCACCACCAACUAUAGUUUCAGAAUCAUCCAUUGAGUAUGCAGGACUUGAAGGAGAUAUAGCGUUUAGAAUUCCAUGUGACGUCAUCGGUUUACAGGAAUCAGAAGAAGUUCCUACAAAGAACCCUUACAUUGAAAUAGUGAAACCUACACUUUCCAAUGACGGCAACUACACAUGUCGUAUAAGUGAUGCUCACGGACACACAUGCACACAUACAUACGUGGUCGAUGUUGGAUACCCACCGAAGGUUCCAGAUAACUUCCAAAUAGACGACUGGCGUGGCGAUAUAGGAGAUAUACCUAGCUCAUUGUGA